CCCUGCUGCGUGUCGUCGGUUUCUGUUUCCGUGUAGAAGUCAUGACAGCCUCUUCCUCCUCUUCCUCCUCCUCCUCCUCUAGACUCAGGCACACUGCCGUUGUUUGCCGGUAAGUCGAGCCUCCCGGUGGUUCCCGGUGAGCUGCGGCUCCUCGAGGGGAACCGAAAGUCGCCGCAAUGGGGACACCGGGGAGCGAUGCGCCGCUCACACACCUGCGGAAGGCUGAGGACCGGGACCGGGACCGGGACCGGCGCUACCACCCGGAUCUUCUGCCCCCGCUGCUGGAGGAUGAGGAGAACGUGUCCCUGAUGGACGUGCUGUCCCUGAGGGACCACUGCCUGACGGAGGAGGAGGUGUGGGCGGUGUGCGCCGAGUGCGCGGCGGCGCUGCAAAGCAUCCGAGGCUCCGCCCUCUUCCACACGCUGUGCAUCACGCCCGACACGCUGGCCUUCAACGCCCACGGCAACGUGAGCUUCAUGGAGCAGCUCAGCGAUGACCCCGAGGGCUCCUUCGUGCCCCCCGAGUUCGACCACACGGGCAGCACGUUCCAGGGUCACGUCUACUCUCUGGGCUCGACGCUCGCCGCCGCCCUGAACUUCGUCAUCGAGCCGGAGCUGGAGGCCCAGCUGGGGGAGGAGAUCCGGAGGCUGCUGGAGCAGAUGCAGGAGGAGAAGCCCGAGGACAGGCCUCUGCUGCAGGACAUCCUCCGCCUGGCCGCAGCGCGGCUGCCUCACACCUCGCCGGCAGCCGUGGGCCGCCAGCUGUCUUCUGCCGGGCGGCGGAUGCUCUCCCUGGAAUCCGUGUCCACCGUUCAAGACGGGCAGGAAGGCUCCUGGGAGGCGAGGUGGCAGCAUCCCGAACCCCGACGUCUGCUCCGGAGGCCGAGCUCGGAAAAGGAGAAGAAUGAGGAGGAGGAGGAGGAGGAAGAGGAGGAGGAGGAGGAGGAGGAGGAGGAGGAGGAGGAGGAGGAGCUCCGUGCUGGCGUUCCCGUGAAAGCCAACGGUGUGAGCCGGCAGCAGGUGUGCGGUGGCUGGGAUUCCUCUCUCUGGGCGGAGGAUGCGGGCGGCGUGAUCCUGGCCGACGGGUCGGACUGCAGGUCCCACCGCGGCUCCCCGGUGAGGACGAGGGCCCGGCAGAGGCCGAGCGGGGCGAGGGGGGCCCUGAACCGCUCCUGCUCCGUGCCGGACUCCAACAACCCCCCGUGUCCGUCCCCGCCGGCCCACGGAGACAUCAGCGUGCCCGUGGCCGACCUCACGGAGAUAGGGGGGGCGGACGAGUCCGCGUGGACCGGUAGGCUUCAAAGACUGGACCGGGCCUGCUCCUGCGAUGCCGACUCUGAGGACUGGGGGAACCGAAUGUCUCGGGGCCGGCAGGACGCGGCAGAGACGUGGCGCGGCGGGGACACGAGCGGCCCAGGGUGCCGUGGGUGUGAACCCCGGGACCGCACCCUGGACUCGCCAUCUUGCUGCCAGGAGCUGGUAGUGGACCGGGACUCGUCUGAGGACCAGAGCCCCCCGUUGAACCACCGCCUCGAUGGUCCCAAUAACGACAUGACCAAAAGCAUGCUGCGCCUCAACGAAGGAUCUCAGGAGGAGUGGGUCUCUCUGAGAGAGCUCCUGACCCGGUGUGGCCGGCGGCUGACGACCAACGAGCUCUGGGCUCUGUGCUACACCUGUCUGUCCUCGCUGCACGCCGACAUGGACUACCCAGCCUCCCUGAGCCCCGACACGCUGCACGUCGGCCGCGAGGGAGAAGUUCUGUUCCUGAAGCCGAAAAACAUCGGAUCCCGCCACGCCUUCUAUCUCGCUCCAGAAUACCAGGAACAUGGAGUCGUGACGGAGAAGGUGUGUGUCUACGGGGUCGCCGCCGUCCUCUGGGCCGCCGCCACCUUCGGUUCAGCGCCGCAUCAGAAGCCGCCGCUGCCUCCGGCGCUCAGGAGGCUCCUGCUGGAGAUGGCGAGGAGGACGCCGGUGGAGAGGCCGAGCAUCGCCGCCGCCAGGAGGGCCUGUGGGCUCCAGCUCUCCCGUGGGGGCGUGACCUCGGCCUCCGUGUGGAUGGAGCUCGUCUCCAGAGUCCUCUCGACGCCCCACAGCGGGGCUCAGGGGGAGGAGCCAGCGAUGACAUCAUUACUGAUGACCUCGUGCAGCUCAGCUGCGGAAACAUGAGGAAGAAGCUUCUACAUCUACUUGUUUUAUCUUGAAGAAGAAGAGACACACGGCUCAACAGGAAGCUGAAUGUUCCACUUCCUGUUUAACAUGUUUGAUCAUGUGACUGAGGGUCGGCCUCUGAGAGCCCAUUGGCUCCUGUGCCCCACAGCAAAGAACUGCAACUCCCAGAGGCCUUCACUUCCACCGCC